UUCAAAAUGUUGCAAAAUUUGGGUGAAAGCAGGUAAAGAUAACAGUUCUAAUAGGAUUUGAAAACAAGAUUCAAUUGUAGUUAAUAUUCUGAAAAUACACAGACCUCAUUUUAUAGGAGGCUUGUAGUACAUUGAAAAAGAAUUGGAUGGAAUUGAUCCAUUGUUUUGGUUUCGUCUGUGGAUUAAGUCCACAAUAGGAUUCACAUUUUUGUGCACUGACCGUAACAUGGAUUUUUCUCUAAGACAAAGCCAUGGUCUUUUUCAGGGCCGUGAAGUGGUGUACUAGCACUAUUUUGCUUAAGGUAGGACCUCUUCAAAACCUCUAACUGCAUACAUAGAAAAAAAUUAGAUAAAUUAACAGUCACCAGUGUUACAAUAGUUGGGACACUGAUUUUUAACCUAUGUUGAGAUUCUCAGUACAGAAGUAAUUGCAAAUACUACACACUGCCAUCAGCAAGAUGGACAAAUACGUAUCCUGCUUUUUUCUGCAACAUUUUAUAAAGAGUUUCAGAAAUUAAAUUUUUUGUUGUUGUUUGCCCAAGGCAUGCUUGUUAGUGGAACAUGGAGAAAACAUUCCUUCAGAAGGAGAAAUGAAAAUUUUGUAUUCAGGUCUUGCAUGCCCAAGCAACCCAACUGAUCUUGUGAAAAUCAGCAGAGAAAUAAGAUUUUUCUGCUCACUUGAAAGAACCUGGUGAAACUACGGAGUUGGGUUCCUAGACGGAAAAUACCAUUUUAAACCGCUGGAGCGUAUCUUGUGAGGGACAAAGAGAGCUGAGCUCCCUGUGGCUGCAGAGAAGGGGAGCAGUGUGUCGUGUAAAGACUCCAUGAGAACGGCAACUGUUCAUUGCAGCCUAGCUCUUAUUAUGUGGGAUCACAGUAGUGGAAAGGGCCUUUUAAAAAACUUGCUUAGGAACACACAGCUCUGAAUGUGUUUAGAUCUUGGAUCCACUUUGCUGAAUUGCACGGAAGUCCCGAUGUUGCCUUCAGCGUGUUCGAAAUGGGUUGGUGGGAGCUGCCUGAGUUGGGGAACAGGGAUGGGCUGGGGUGGUGCUUUGGGAUGGUGCUCUUCUCCAGCAUGGCCUCUGAAGGCUGUGUUGUGGCUGCUGGUGGUGACAUUUGUGUGCCUGUCACCUUUGAGAACAGUUGUAACCAUUUUAAGGACAAGUAAAAUGCCCUUUGUAGUUCUUCAGUAGGAAAAUUUUAUUAUUGUCGUUUCUUUGGCCCAUGUUCCUUAUUUCACUUUCCUGUGGGUGGGAACCAUGAGCUUUGUGUGGGAUAAACUGACAAGACUCUUAACUGCACUGUUGUUAUUUCUAAUUUCUUACAAAAGGCAGUAACUACCAGGUCAUGAGUAAAGUCUCUCUGCCUUCAGCUGCAGGGAAGUAAACUUUUUCUAAUUUCCUGUGGGACUGGAAGUGCAUUAUUGCUACAGGGUGUAAUGAUAAAAUACACUGAACCUUACACACCCUUUGUGUGUACAGAGUUGGUGACACAAUGCAAUAGUAUGUGUAUCAAGCAUUUGCAUAUGGGCAGUUAUGUUAAGUGUUUUCCUAAGAGAUCACAUCUGUGGGAACUGCAUAAUAAAACUGGGAUUAAUGCAGUCACUGAGCAUCAGGUGAGGCCUGGGCAUCUCUUCUCCAUCUGCUCUGGUUUUGCCUGCUCAGUUUAUUGGUGGGUGAGGGACUGACUUGUCUGUAUCCAUCCUCUUCCAGUGUCUCAUAAGCUGAAUGGGCAGGGAAAAAUCACAUAUAUGUGGUGGAGUGUUGCCAAAUCCCUUCCUUUGCCAAAUAUAUCCAGUCAUCUCUGGAAAUAUGCAUUCUUCUAGUUUAGGUCAUAAAUUAAAAAUGGGCCUCUUGUCACGUACGUGCUUUUAUAGAUAUUAGCACUGUGAUAUUAGAGGCUGGUGGGAAUUUAGUUUGUGUAGAUAUUCACAUCUAGGCAAGUACAGAGAAAAAUUAGCCCCGUGCAAAGAUUUCUUUAGUGUGAUCCAAAAGUAAAAGAGCUGUGGCUUUGGGAUGUUGAGAUGUUUACUGCAGGAGUCCGCUCACUUCUUGUUUUCUUGAGUCUUGUACUGAAAUACAAAUCCUGUGAAAAUACCUCGUAUCUUAACUGUGUCAUUUUGCUGCUUUCUGCUGAUGAGUCUUAUUACUUGUUAAUUACUUAGUGUAAACACCAGAUGUAAAGAAGGACCACUAUGCUUUCUUGCUUGAUUUGACACCAUUUAAAAACAGAUCACAUGGAAAUGCUGGUUUGUACUCUCUUACAGGAUGCUAAUAUCUACCACUUUUUCAAGGAACAGUAUUAGUUAGACACUGUCAAGAGGUUAAUUUUAUUCUCUGACUGCUGGAUUUUGAUAGGUUUGUAAGAUAACUACAAGGAAGUUUUUAAGCAAUACUGUGUUGCACUUAAUACUUAUAGUCACAGGACUGUUCACUCCUUCUUUGUAGGCAAAUAUUGCUACUGUGCUGUUCUAUCAGAUUAUGAAACUGAUGGCUGGUUUCUGCUUAGAGGAGUGAACAAAAGGUUAAUAUUCAAAUUUAUUAAUUGUUUAUUCCAACCUUAAAAUUCUUCAUAACUUCUAUGGAAACGUUGUGUAUCACUUAAAAUGAAAAGGGUGGAACAGGUUGUUUUGUUUUGUACAGGAGGGUUCUGUGAAAUACUGGAAUGUUUCAUGUCCUCCAACCAUUUCUGUAAGGAAUUCAACCCCGUUGAAUUCUACAGAAUCCUUUUGUUAAACUAUAGACCAUAAUUUUCUAGCUAACUCCUGCAUGAGUUUUCCAGAAGUGUCUUUCCUGUCCCAUAUAAUUAAAACACAGGAUGUAAGUGAGCAGGGGGGAAGCUCCCAACAGUUUUGGGUUGGGAGAAUAACAACCCUAAUAAAUCAGAGACAACUGUCACCAUUCAUCAUCUGAAGUAUCAAGUAGAGCUUGCUGGAGCAGAAGGGAUGUCCUUCCAUGGGAGUGACGAGGCUGGUGGCAGGACGCCUAAGAUCACAUAGCAGCGAUGGGAAGAAGGUCUGUUAAAAUCGAGGGGAGGGUUCUUCUGCACAGAUCCAGGGUGGACAGUUCUGCAAGGAGGUCGGACAACUCCUUCGGUGAGGUGGCCUGAGACCCGACUGUAGUUUUCAGCUAUUGGUCACAGUCUGCAGACCGAGGGGUGACAGCCAGUGUUGUCUUCAGUUGUACGUUUCAGUAGGUAACUGCCACGUUUUGUAAGGCAAUCUUGAUUUUUGUUUCUAUUUCUAUUGCACACCAGAAGCUGAUGUUCUUUGACCAGCUGUUCUUCAUUUCUUACUAGGUUUACAAUGACUUGUGAAAUCCUUUCUCUCCAUAGCUUAUGUAUUUAUAGUGGGAGCUAGAUUAUCUUUUGCUUACUUAAAAUUAUGUACCAGAAUGUGCAAAUCAAACUUGAGAUAAAACCAAGGUGUGGAGGGGUGAUUGAUAGGUUUUCAGUGCUCAGUUGGUUACACUGACUAUAUGAAAAAUGAGGCUCCUUUUGGGGACAAGUUAAAUGCUUAAAACUACAGUUCACUGUUUUAUUAUCUUAGCCCUGGCACUGCAGUGGAUAAUUAAACUACAUAAAUGGAGCAUUAAUGAUGAAAAAAAAUGAAGAAUGCAUUCUUCAUUUGAAGAGAGCACUUGACCAUAUGGAAAUUACUCUGUAUUUUAGCAAAGUUCUGAGAAACUGAACUAGCAAAUUUUCAGUGUCUGUUGAGCUGCCUGCCAUGUUGGCUAGCAGAUAGCAAAGCUUGAAGUUUCCACGAUGGCUUGCAUUUGGAGGAGAGCCUUGAAUUUGCUGUGUUCCUUUUUCCCAAUAAAAUACAUGUUUCUGAAAAUGGUGAAGGUGUUUUAAUAGCUUUCAAGUUUGAGGCCUAAGGGCAGGCAAUGAAUAGAACUUGGCCUCCUUUUCACUCUUCAGUUGCUGUAUGGGCAAUGGCCUCUUGCAGCAUUUCCUGGGGAUUUCACUUGUCUUUACUUCCGGCUGUCAACUCCUUCAGCUGGUUGUUAAUACGGCAUGAGCCUUAUGUAUUUAAAUACAGGGUUCAUUUUGUGGUUAGCUUUUUGUGCUUAAGGUGUUGCUCUUGGAUGCUGUGUUUCUUAGUGAAGCUUCUUUGAGGGUGGUUAUUGUGAGUUACACUUGGUUCAUAAGGAGUUCACAUUUUCUGUUGGAUACCUAGCUAAAAUAUUAUAAUAGAGUCCUUUAUUUUGAAUAUGUGUUGCUCUACAUAUACAAUACCUAUUUAAUGAGUUGUGGGUAUGUAGUGAGAAGCUUGAGUGUGGAUAUGACUAAAGAGAAGGAAUGACACAAAGUCUGUCCCAUGUCUGAUGUUUGUCGUUUAUUAGCAUGUUGCAGAUUUUAAAUAGCAAAGGGGAAAUUAAUGGAAAAUAGUAGCCAUUUCAAACAAAAACGUUGUGUUACAGGUAGCACUAGGAAGUGAACUUUGGAUGUUCUCAUCUUGGAAAAAUUAAACAGCUUUUGAGAAAGAUUUUAUUAACGUUUGCUUUGCUGGAAAAUUAAUGGGAGUGGGAAUCAAAUGAAGCAAAACGGGUGGAAUAAGGUCUUCAGGAACCUGUAAAGGACUUGAGGUGACAUGGAAUGGUGGUACAUUGCGACCUCUGGCCAUCACCUCUUUCCUCAUGUCUGUGCAGAUGUCCUUAUUGGGUAUAUAUGUUGGAUGUCAACAGCCAUAGGGGAAAACAAAAUAGCUGAAGGAUUUCAGGUGUUGUGACAGAGAUAGCAGGAGACUAAAUGAGGAGUAGAUAGCCAUUUUGCCAUGGCAGCAAAGAGGAGGGGGGACCUAAAGAGACACUUUGUGUGGUGUGCUUGGGUAGUGCUGCAUGUGAAACAGCCACACGGAACUAGAAGGGCCUAAAUCAAAUACCAGAGAUUGGGGAGAUUGUAUUUUUGAGGGCAACAGCAUGAAGUGAGGCUCUCAAUAACAGUGUUUUAGUUUUCUUUUAAAUUUUUUACUGUAUUUUUGUUUCAUGCUUUCAGUAAAGUAUUAAGAAACUUUAGCAGGAGCAGAGGCCAUAUCAUCACUACCUAACCUAGCCGAGAAGCAUGAUAUAUAUUGUUAGGUAGAAGAAAUAAUAAAAAUAUAGAAGGUGCACAGAUGUUGACAAAAUAAUACGUUUCUUUUCCCCACACAGUAUACAGGCUGUCUUCCACCUUGCUUUCAAACACUCAAAGUAACUUCUUGUCCUUCAGGGGUUAGCAGCCCCCUUACGUGUUUUAAGCAUUCAUAGGUGUGAUGAGAGGCUUGUGGCAGUCAGUCUGGGGUGGCCACAGAGGAAGAUAGAGUGGAUAGUCCACAAGGACUCCUUCCUCUAAGUGACAAGCAGAUAACAGUGGUCUGGUUCCUUGUAAUCUCAGCUAAUCUCUUGAUCUUGUCAGGAGGGAGCUCUUGUGCAUUAGACUAAUCAUGAUAUCAGGUCAUCGCUUAGAGAUGAUAAGCAGUUAUGUGAUAAUUGUUUCAGUCUACAGUUUGACCCUUGCAUGCUGCUCUGUGUACUGUGGUGGGCUUUUGAAUGAUCUUUCUCUUUUCCUGUUAAAGGGAAUUUCAGCACUGUAGGAGGUCCUUGUCCAUUAAAAGGGCCCAUCAUUAUGACUUUUUUUUCUGCUCUUCCUUUUAUUUACUUGAAUCUGGUACAAGUUCAGCAUGGCUCCUGAACUAACAAAAUGAAUAGCUCACAAGAGAGCCUCGUUAGUCUUUAAAUGAAAAUAAUUGAGUUCUUUUAGCCUAUUAGUGCUUAAGAAUAGCCUUCUCUAAGUCCAUUACCUCUGGGAUAAAAGCCGUAUUUGCAGCUGAAUAAGCAGCAUGUACAACAUGACUUGUUGCUAGGGAAAGAGGCUUUCCUAGUCCUUGCCAAGCCAAGUGUCUUGUGUAGUAGAUAAAAUCUGAGUGACCUCAAACUGUGUUCUUGAAAUCCUCUUUACUCUUCAGUUGGCAGCCUGAGAAUAUUUCCAUAAGUGACUUUGGCUUUCUGGAGCUGCUCUCAUUCCCUUUCCAACUCGGACAGUCACUGAUGUGGGGAAAGAAACUUCUACCUAUCGACACUGAAUCUGCGAGGGCAACGCUUGCUACUGGCGCUCGUCUCAUCCAAGUGAAAUGCCCGGGCCCUGGCAGAAUGGUCUGUUAAACUGUCAGCCUUGUCCUUUUCCAUCACUGCAGCAAAGGGCCAACUUCUUUACUGUCCAAGUGUGUGGUUAGUCAUCAAGAAGUGGCUCUGUGACCAACUGCAGGAGUUGGCAGUGGUGGAGGUGACUGCCAAAAAUGCAAUGUAUGUCUUAGGAAGGCAGAAUUUAGGUAGCAAGACAAAUAAUAACAGGCUACAGGGAGUGAAGUAAUGUGGAGCACCUUCCUGGGUAUUCUAACGUGGGCUUAUGUCAGACCUGCAGAUGUGGCCCAGUGCUUUCCAGUAAACUGGUGUUUUUUGGAAUCCUGAGCUACAACUGGGAAGUGUGACCAUAAUUCUGCUCCUGGAUUUGUCACCAGUGUGGUGGACUAACCCAGGGUCUUGGGUUGUGGUGACAUGCUUUUCUUGAUUUUAAUGGCUGAACCCCAGUUUUGUUGAAGCCAUUGUUACUGGUUUCCAUCAAGAAUCAUUCCAGGGUUGUUAAAAUAGACUGUGGGGUGUAAAAAUGUGCUAAGAGAGUAGUUUUGUCAGAGUACAUUUAAACAAGGUAUGUAACUCUUCAUCAGGAAUGAGGCAUGUCAGAAUGCUUUUUUUCUCUUUAACAACUGAAGUUUGUAAUAACUGCACGGAACACAGGGCAGUGGAGGAGGAUAUGAGAGGAUGCUGUACUGAUUAGCAUAAGAAACUUGAAUGCUGCAGAUCCGUGGCAGUGCCUUUAUUCAGCUCAGGUUAAUCAGACAGGUCCUUCUACCCUGCAGAAAUGAGGACUGUUUGAUUUUAGAACUCCUUCCUUUUCCUUUAGUGACAGCAAGUUCAAGAGUUGAUAUUGAGUGGGUGAAAAAGAGUAGUUCUUGGUUUUAAAAAGUUUAAAUGCCAAAAAGACUUUGUGGUUAUUGCUCUGACAUCUGCUGUCAUAUUUGUCACCAUCUGUUGGAAAGACAUUGCAGAGGACAGCAUGGACCAGGACAAACUGCAGCUUGCUUGGUGCUGGCAUAAUGUUAAUAGUAACAAGUGACCAAAGCCCAAAAAUCCUGAUGGUGUCUAUAAUGUGAGGCUGAGUCCUUCUCACCCUUUGGACAGACAGAUGCUGUAGUCAUCUUAGUUUAAUAACAGAGACAAGAAUCUGACAAGGCUGCUGAUGGUUGUCACUUGUUUGACUGGAACUCGUAUUUGAAAGGCCUCUUGGCCAGAGAUAUCUUAAGUUUGGAAUAUAUAUUACGAAACAGCUGUGUAUCAGUUAAAAUGCUUUUGAAACUCAGUGAUGAUGACUGUGUACGGAAUAUCAAACAGAAGUGUUUGCAGGCUUUGGCACUUGCAUUAGUUUUUGUAUGUGAUAAAGCCAUUUGUGUUAGAAAAUAAUUUUCUUUAUCUGAAAUUCCUCUCAGCACGCAAAGCUUUUUUAAAUCUUUACGUAAAUGGGAACACGAGCCUUUAUCUUAUUCUUGGGAGGGAGGUCAUUAAAUUGUAGUACAAAUUUGGAUUUCAAAAUGAAAAUCUAUCCAGUCCCCUAGAGUGGAGUAAUAUCUCAUUAGCUAAUCUUCUCUCUUUCAAGGCGGGGGGAGGGAAGAGCAGGUUUCCUUGGAGGGAUCUAUACAAUGAGAGGGAAAGGGGGUGCUUUAGAGGUGGGGUUUCUAACCCAGAGCUGUGGAAAAUAGCUUUUUGUUCCCUAACACAAACCCUGCUAAAAAUAGAUACUGUUGCUUCAAAUGAACUCAUUGCUGUUUGUGACGAUACUGUUUAUUAUCUUGCAAUUCAAGGGAGAUCUUGGGCUGGAGAGCUUUUUUGUUCUGUUUGUGCUGAGUGUAUUCCAGGGGAUCCCACUUCUUGACUGGGACUCCCAACAAUGGACCAUAGCAGUAGAAAAGAUGGUAACUGGUUUCGUCCUGUGUAGCUCCAAGCCGCUCUUCAGAUAUCUUUAUGAUGCAGGCAGAAAAGGAAUUUGAACCAGAGUCUUCUGAUUUAGUGGCUCUCAGUUGGGCUAGUUUUUCAUGAUAUACAUACUUAAAUGUUUGUCAGGCUAAAGAGCAAGCAUGUGUGAAUGGCUUUAGCCAAAUGGAUGGGACCUGGGUUGUGAGACCCUGGUGUUCUUCCUCUGCAGUGUGAAUGUUUAACCCUUUUGUUCCUAGGGAUGUGGUGCACCCAGCCUGCCCUGUCCCACAGGAGGGAACUUUCCUUUGGGUGCUCAUUGGGAAAGGUGGGAAUUGCUGCUGGCUUUUUUGUAUCCAGGCAUGUACACAAGUAACCGAGUUCCUGAAUAAAAAUGGGAAAUCAUAGCAGUAUAAUCCCUUUUCCUUUGGGUAGAUGUUUCCCAGGACGGCUGUUCAGUGAAAAGCCUUGGAAUGGCUGAAGUCUUUCUUUGCUUUAAAAGCAGCAUUUGGUAUCAACUCCUCCAUCCAACUCCAAAAUACGCCCGUGAGUACAGGUGUCUCGUCUUGAAUUGUCACGAGGCGCGUUCAGAAGUGGCUCACUUGCAAGUGUCUGCUUCGCAAAGGUUACCCGUCUAGCUACAUUGAAUGAGCUAGCUGGCUUGUUUUCAAUAUUUCCUUGACAAUUGUUGAUGAAAAUGUAAAAAUUAUUAGAGUUGGAGUAGGAAUCUAAUGAAGAGAGCUCCAAACCUAUAAAUUUUGUAUGAUGAUUGUCAAAACUAUAUGCUAAUGUUUUUACAACAUCAUUUGAUUGAUGUAACAGUUAAAACAGCAGCCUUGAACAGGAUCCUUUUGUGAACAAGAUAAAUUAUCUCAGCUAAUGCGUUCACAUAAAUGUUUGAAAAUGAAAGGCAUGAUAAAUCUGUCUGGAGCCUACACACAGUAGAACUGCCAAACCUUCCACCUGUUAAAGAUUUUAAUGAACAGUUCUUUAUUUAACAGAAGAAAUAAAAUUAAUGCUGCCACUUGGCUUUGCUGAGACUUCCCUUAUCUCAGGCACUCUGAGAUACCAUUUAGCAAAUGCUUCAAAGUGGAGCAACUCUGGUGUUUUAAUUAGAAUUGCAGCAAACUGGCAAAGAAGGCUAUUCAAUUUUAAAUGUGGCUUUUUUGCAGCUCAGCCAUAAAGAUAGGAUUUUUGUUCAAGCCCACAAGGACAGGGUGUUUUGUCAGGAGCCAAAGGAUGCCCAAGCUUAUGUUGUGCUAUGAGUUUAAUGGAAAAUUAUUUCCUCAGAUUUUCUAAAUGGAAGAUAACGUUUCUCAGAAUAAAAAUAAAAAUACUAGGAUGUUUUACUUCUGUAUGCGAGAGAAAGUCGCUGAGUACAUUAAGCCUCGUAUGACAGGGCUUAGUGGAGUUUUUUGCAGCAGCGCAGGAAGGGUUUACUGAAGUCUCCUUUCUGCAGCCUGUUUUCAGAGGGGAAUUAGUAGACGUGGAAUAUGGCAGGCUUGAAACAUGUGCGUAAGGACAAAUGCCAUCCUCUGAGAGUCUACAGAAGACUUACCUGCUGGGUUUUACUGCUUGCUUAAGGACCUGAGAUUGGCAAGGGUUUGGAAGGUUACAGCUUGCUAAAACAUGUUUUCCUGUGCUCUGGAGUGAGUCAUUGCUCUUCUUUUCCAUCCAGGAGCGUGGUGGAUGCUCGUUACCUGGUCUCUUGAUUCACUUACUGUGGACUGGAAAACAUUUCUGACUGAGUGAAUGAAUACUCAACUUGUGGUUAAGCUAUGCCGUGACCAGACGGAAGCUCUCUGAUGUUGUAGAAGGGAUGUAGAUGGCAGAAAGGUGCUGGAAAAAGUAGAAGCAGUAGGUAAGGAGGCAGAGCAGCAAGGGAGAAAGCUAUUAAGAGAUUUCUGAGAUAUGUAGGCAAAAUAUUUUUGGAAUAUACUUAAAGCUUUUUUAAAAAUGAAGAGGUGAGCAUUAGUUGAGAAGAGGUACUCUUGGAAAGAGGUGGAGCUGUGGGUAGCUGGUGACAAUACACAUAUUUAAAGUUGUAAAGGUUUUUGACUGACAGAAGAGAAUUGUUCUCUGCUCAGAUCAGUGAUAGUAGCUAAUAUAAUGGCACUUCAGUGUUGGAACCUGCUUACUUUUCACCUCUCUAACUUAACUUUUCUGUGUGUUUAUUUCGUAGGACUCGCUUUGCUCAGUGUAUGACAAUCAGAAGUAGAGCUAACACAGUGAACUUGCUGUUUGUGUGCAAUGCCACCAAUAUGCUACUGCCAUUUGUGCUGGUAAUGGGCAUGAUCAAUAAUAGCCCUUGGUGGCAUCACAGGGGUUGUAAAAUCAAACCCUUAAAAAAAAAAAAAAAAAAAAAGAAACCUCAUUAAUUAUCUUCAUUGUCUAUUCUGACUUGAACAGGCUUUGAAGCAGCACUUUCCAAUGGCUUAGGUGUAAGAUGGGAAUUCAGGAGUGUUCCUGUUUUUCUUUGGCUGAGCUACAUUUUGUCUCAUCAGACAAAAUAAUGUGACAGUUUUCAUGAGCAGCUCUAAAUGUGAGACACCCCCUUCCCUUUUCUUGUUGUGUCCUAAGCAAUACCUCAGUUACCCAUGACCAUCCCAGCCUCCAGCUGGAGUCAGGAUGCUCAGUAGCUGGUGAGCAUGCUGAAAAUGGGGUCAGUUAGGCUCCAAAGUAAACAUUUUUACUUCCAGAUUUGGUGCACUAAAAUAUCUGACAUCUGUGCCCUGUGAUAUCACUCUGAAGAAAAUAAAUGUGCAAGAGAAAUAAAUGCGCAUCUAAGAAUGCCUUGAACUUCAGGAGCUGUCUCACUUUCAGAAGAGCAGAUCUCAGAGUGCUGGCAGCAGAUGACUGCUAUGAAUUAUUUUCUUUUCUUGUUAGUUGGAGGUAAGGCCCCUUUUCAGCAAGAACUCCAGGGAACAGUCCGGUGGCCAGAGCACCAGUGUGUUUGCCGGAAAACCUGGAGUUCUGUUUUUGCUUACCUACUGUGUGAACUUUGUCUUGGUUUCUUCUCUCACAUAAAUUGCAGUUCAUCUUCUGUUAUUGUAAGGGACACUGUGGUCUUUCCAGCAGACCGUGAAGCCCUUCAUGGGCAUUUAUAUUUUGGUAACUUAUUAGAAUAGCAACAUGGAAUCUAAACUAUUUAUAUUAAUACAUAAUAUGGUGUGGUACAGAGCAGCUGCUACAGUGCAGUUAAUAAUGUUGGCCUCCAGUCACCCUGAAUCCUUUUUUACCCCAUACUGUCUGGCACUCUGCAGGAUGUGCCCCCUGGGGAGGUCGGCACAAAACUUGUCACAAUGUCUCCUGGAAAAGCAUGUGAAUGAUGGUUUGGUGCCUAAGUGUGAAAACCCAUUACUAGCUGUAACUAGCCCAGGUAUAUUCAGUUAUUCUGGCUUUACCUUUACAGAUGAUUGCAAGAUACCAUCAGUGUUAUUAGGAGAAAUGAGUGAAAGUCCAAAUUACGAUUGUCUUAUUUAUUUCUCACAGAAGUAAAUGCCAUCUUUAAAAACGGCGCUUAUUUUUAAAAGACAUAUUUAAUUCAAAAGGUCAUCCCCCCUGCAGUCCCUGGGAAGGCCCAGGAGUGAGUCCUUCUGGGGCCUUUUGGACAUGGGAGGAAGGAGCUGUGUAGUUCAGCUUCAUCAAGGCUUUGGAUAUGGCCUCCUAUAGUGGCCUUAUAACCUUACUACUGAGAUAAGGGCUGGAAAAAUGGACUUUUUUCCAUGGUUACUUUUUGAAUGUAGCCCCUUCCAGCCUGUGUUAGUUUAUGGCUACCUGAUUUUCAUCGUAUGCCUUGUGAAGUCCUUCUGGAGUAGCCCUCCUGUCCUGGCUGUCCAAGGAGUUAAAUAGAAAAGGGAUAUCCAAGGGGGAAACAGUAGGUCAAUUAAACUAGUGUGUGACGGUCCUUGAAUGGUUUUUGCAUUAUCCUAGGUUAAUUUUGUGAUCCAGAUCAGUUGAAGGACUUGCUGCAACUUGAAAGAACUCUGAAUGCAGGAUGCAAGUUGAGGAUUGUUAAGAAACUGUGUGUACAUAAAAACCCCUUGGCCAAACCUGUGCAAACCAAAGCUGCAGAACUGUGUGUGUGUGUAUGUUCUGCAGAACUGAACUGCUCUGAGGUUUGAGGCUGUUGCGAUCCAUUAGUACUUAACUUGAUAUAAACCAGCUCCCAUUUAACCCUGCCUUGAUUUUGAAAUUGAAUAAAUUCGGGGUUUUCUGGCCUUUUUUCUUUCACAGCUAGUAAUUUAAGCAUUGUCCUUGAAAAACACAUCAAAUGAUUGUAUUCUGAACAGACUAACAUAUUUGUAAUGGAAAACUUUUUUUUGUUUGUGCAGUGAAACCUGCAAGACCUACAUAUUCUGCAAAGCUCUUCCUUUCUUCCCUGCAAAUAGGAAUGAGCUAAGGCAAAUUCAGCUAUAGCACUGUGCAGCAACUUCUGGGUGAAAAUGAAUUUGAUUUAUGUUGUCUCUUCAAAAUUCCACCUGAAGUUGUAAAAGUGUGUUUUAAUUCAUAGAUAUAUCUAUGUAGGUAUCUCUUUGGCCCAGGAGUCUAGUUUUUAGAACAAUUUGUUGUCUUGCCAAAAGCAUCACUUUCCACGGCAAACUCAGUGUCUUUAUAAACCCUGUCAGUGUUUUGUAUAUUUGCAUCCAUCAAAUAUCAAACAGUUCAGCUCCUAAGGCAGAUUUUAAUCUGCCAAAGUUCUCUGCUCAAUAUUUAGGCUCCCUAAUAAAAAUAUUUAAGGAAACUUUUCAACACUUUACUAAUACUUUCAAAAAGAAAGUGUGAUUGAGGUGAGUUAUAAAGACGAGAAACUAGAGAAGUCCGGCUUUAAAUUUGAAGCAGAAUAAUAUGCUGAACUGAAAGUAAAACCUGGAAAAAAUACACUGUACGUAAGUUGUACUGCUGAGGAGUAAUUCAUAAUCGCUGAAUCAGAGUUUGCCAGUUGUGUUAAUUGUUCAGAUAGUGCAGAAGACACGACCCUAGUCUCCCUGAGGUAGGAUCACUGCAAAUUAAUGUCAUCCCUUAGACAAGGACCAACAAUUUGUCUUGCACUGGAUGCCAGAAAGCUAAAUGAGAUAUAUAAUUUGUGUCAAUGUGGUAUUUGUAGUCCAGUAGCACUUAUAAGCCAUGCUCAUAAAACAUUUACUACACAGACAAAAUAUAAACAAUGUGUAGAUGUUAAAACAACAAGCAGUAUAUGCAUUAAAAAAAAACUUGGCAAAGAUAACUUUUCCCAUGAAACUCUAAUAUUCUUCCAUGUGAAAUUACAUUUGUUUUUCUUUAAUGAAAAACUGCAGGAUGAUAACUUACAUAGGACAGGCAAACUCCACUGGAAUAUCCUUGCUAGCCAAAAGCCAACAAGCAAAUUCGUGCAGGAAAAGAAGAAACAAGUGGAAUCUUAUUCGUUUUUUGUGUCUUUGCCACCUUUCUUAUGGUGUAAAAGUUGCAUUUUAUGUGUAAUUUCUAGGGAAUCUGCUGCAACUUCAACCUUUACUACAUACUGACCUGUAAAUGAAAUGUUUGCAGGUGGGAUGCUUGGCCAUAUAUAGCUUUCCUGGAAAAAAGCUGUGUGUGUUUGGGUUGGAAAGGAUUUUACUUCUUAAAUUCAACAUGAAAGUCAUAAAACAAACAAAAAACCACAUUGGUGAACAAACUGAUUUGAAUAAUCUGUUUUCUCAAGGCAAGAGCAGUUUUAUGUUAAUAAUUCCUGAUAAAUACUUGUCUUUAUCUGUAUUUGAAGCACUUUAGGAGCUGAAGAUUUCAGCCUCUCAAGCUCUGCAGCUCUUUACUAUUUCUUCUCCUGUUCACAUUGGACCUAGAGAACCAAGGGUACCAUCUUUCUGCCUGGCAACAGAGUAAUUGAGCAUCCCUGCAAUGAAGAAAGUCCAGGAAAGUUCCUUUUUGAAGUUGUUCCAGGAGGAGACCGAGAGCGGAUGACAGCUAAUCAUGAGACGUACCUUCUCAUGGCGAGCACGCAGAAUGACAUGGAGGAUUGGGUGAAAUCCAUUCGCAGGGUUAUAUGGGCACCAUUUGGAGGAGGUAUUUUUGGCCAGAAGCUGGAAGAUACUGUCAGAUACGAAAAGCGAUAUGGGAACCGGCUGGCUCCGAUGUUGGUGGAGCAGUGUGUGGACUUCAUCCGACAGCGGGGGCUAAAGGAAGAAGGCCUUUUUCGACUGCCUGGGCAGGCUAAUCUUGUCAAGGAGCUGCAAGAUGCAUUUGACUGCGGAGAGAAGCCUUCUUUUGACAGCAAUACAGAUGUGCACACGGUGGCAUCACUGCUUAAGCUGUACCUAAGGGAGCUCCCAGAACCAGUCAUACCGUAUGCAAAAUACGACGAUUUUCUUUCCUGUGCCAAAAUGCUCAGCAAGGAGGAAGAAAUGGGCCUGAACGAACUGGUGAAACAAGUGAAGAGCCUGCCAGCUGUCAAUUAUAAUCUACUGAAAUAUAUCUGUAGAUUCCUUGAUGAAGUCCAGUCUUACUCAGGCGUAAACAAAAUGAGCGUGCAAAAUCUGGCUACCGUUUUUGGCCCAAACAUCCUUCGCCCCAAAGUGGAAGAUCCUUUGACUAUCAUGGAGGGUACAGUAGUGGUCCAGCAGCUCAUGUCAGUGAUGAUUAGCAAACAUGAAGAGCUGUUUCCCAGGGAUGCAGACCCUCAGAUGGGACCCGAGUUAUGCAACAACAACAAUGAAAUGCCAAAGAAAGUGGUUGUGGGGCAGCUACAGAACAAAGAAAACAACAACACCAAGGAGACACCAGUGAGGCGCUGCUCUUGGGACAAACCCGAGUCUCCCCAAAGGGGGAGCUUGGACAACGAAUCUCCGACUGCUCAGCCAGGCAGCAAGACAAAUAGCCCCAGGAACAGCGUCCAGAAACCAGAUGUCACCAGAAGCCCACCGCUCAUGGUGAAAAAAAAUCCUGCUUUUAAUAAAGGCAGUGGCAUAGUCACCAACGGGUCCUUCAGCAGCUCUGUGGAGGGCGCUGAGAAGAGCCAGACCUUACCAAACUGUGCCCUGCAAACCAGGAGAACGUCAUCCCUGAAAGGACCAGUGACUAAGAUGGGCACGCACAGCGUGCAGAAUGGAGCGGUGCGGAUGGGUGUUUCCAGCACAGACGGACACAGCAACACCCUCAACAGCCGCACCCCGGGCUGGGUGCCCAAUGGCUACGUCACAAUGAGGGACAACAAGCAGAAGGAGCUGGUGAGUGACUCAGGCCAGCACAACAGGCUUUCUACCUAUGACAAUGUCCACCAACAGUUCUCUAUGGUGAACUCUGAUGAUAAACAGAGCGUGGACAGUGCCACCUGGUCAACGUCCUCCUGUGAAAUAUCACUCCCUGAGAACUCCAACUCCUGUCGUUCAUCCACCACCACCUGCCCCGAGCAGGACUUUUAUGCGGGUAACUUUGAAGACUCUGUGUUGGAUGGACCACCGCAGGAAGACCUCUCUAACACGGGUGACUAUGAGAACAAAAGUGACAGAAGGAGCAUGGGGGGCCACAGCAGCCGAGCCACCAGCAGCAGUGAUAACAGUGAAACGUUUGUGGCCAACAGUACUAACAAUCACAGCGCUCUGCACAGCCUUGUGUCCAGCUUGAAGCAAGAGAUGGCCAAGCAAAAACUAGAGUAUGAGACAAGGAUUAAAAGCUUGGAGCAGAGAAAUCUCACCCUGGAGACAGAAAUGAUGGCCCUACAUGAAGAGCUGGACCAAGAGCGGAAGAAAUUCACGAUGGUAGAAAUCAAAAUGCGUAAUGCAGAACGGGCCAAGGAAGAUGCAGAGAAGAGGAAUGACAUGUUGCAGAAGGAAAUGGAGCAGUUUUUCUCCACUUUUGGAGAACUGACAGUGGAGUCUCGCAGACCAGAAAGAGGCAACACCAUCUGGAUCCAGUGAGCACUGGAGGCGUAGACUGUGGGACUUUGGGAGGGUUUGGGGGUCUUAUACUGUAUCAGGUGGCUGGUCACCUGUCUGAGGCUAGUACUCAACAUAAUGUUAUAAACCCUUGCAGGAAAAAUCCUACAGACAUUAACCACGCAUAUAUACAGUGUGUACUUAUCAAGCUAUAGUCUUUGAACGCUUCAUGAGACUACUGUCAAGUGUUACAACUGGAUACAUGUAUAUAAAUUCAAAAAAAAUCACCUUAGCAAGAGAUGUAUCUCAAGAAAUAUUUUAAUGCGAGUCUUGUAUUUAAAUUGGUAAAUUGAAAUGUUGUUGCAAUCAAGCUUUAUAUCAAGGCUUUUCUCCCUUGCACUUAACAUAAUAAGCUAUUUUUGGCAUUGUGUUACCAUCAGCUUAUUUUGUAUAUCAAAUGUUUGUUUUGUUUUGUUUUGUUACUCCUCUUGCUGGGGAGUGAAGAUAAACAGAUAUAUUAAGGUA